CAUUUGAAAACAAAAAUAAAGCAAAAUGGAAAUAUCAAAGCCAUUGCUUGUGUUUUUCUCUCUUGUGUUCUUCAACCUUUCAUUUUCAUGGGCAGCUCCGGAUCCUACAUAUCAAUCCCUUCUUCAAUGCUUAAGUGAAAUCAUUCCAUCCCCUAAUGUAUCCGCCGUUAUCGUCUCUAACAACAACCCUUCCUUUGCAUCCAUUUUGGAAUCACGUAUCCAUAACGCUCGGUUCAAUAGGACUUCCACGCUUAAACCAACUAUCAUCAUCACUCCAUCGGACGAAUCCCAUGUUUCAGCAGCCGUAAUAUGUUCCCAAAAGGUUGGUUUCCAGCUCAAAAUCCGUAGCGGCGGACAUGAUUACGAAGCGUUAUCUUAUACUUCCGAUAAACCUUUUUUUCUCCUCGACAUGUAUAAUCUUCGGGACGUAUCUGUCGAUAUACCGGACGAGUCGGCCUGGGUUCAAACUGGUGCGACACUCGGUGAACUUUAUUAUCAUAUAUGGGAAAAGAGUAAUGCCCAUGGAUUUCCUGCCGGGGUUUGUCCUACGGUUGGUGUCGGUGGACAUAUCGGUGGUGCCGGUUAUGGUACCAUGAUAAGAAAAUACGGUUUAACAACGGAUUAUGUUAUUGAUGCCAAGAUAGUUGACGUCAACGGAAAAAUUCUAGACCGGAAAGCCAUGGGAGAGGAUCUUUUUUGGGCUAUAAGAGGCGCCGGUGGAACCAACUUCGGCGUUGUUACAGCUUAUAAGAUUAAACUCGUUAAAGUACCGGAAAAGGUCACUGUUUUCAGAGUCGAACGAUUCUUAGACAAUAAUGGCACCGAAGUUGCCUUCAAAUGGCAAACCGUCGGCGCCACAACCGAUCCAAAUCUCUUCACGAGAAUGCUUUUACAACCCAAUAUGAAAGACAAGCAAAGAACGGUGAAAGUCACGGUCAUGGGACUGUAUUUAGGUGACAUCAAUGGCCUUUUAACCUUAUUGAACAAAGAUUUCCCUGAACUGCGUUUAAACAAAGAGAAUUGCACCGAGAUGCCAUGGAUUGACUCAGUUCUUUGGUGGGCAAAUUUCGAUUUAGGUACACCGCCAAACGUAUUGCUGGAUCGAAACAAUACAGACACUAAAUUCGUGAAAAGGAAAUCGGAUUAUGUUCAAACACCGAUACCCAGAGAUGGGUUGGAAUCAUUAUGGCAAAAGAUGGUUCAAAAUGAAAAAGUGGGAUUGACUUGUAAUUCAUAUGGUGGUAAAAUGGAUGAAAUCGAUCCUAAAGAGACUGCAUUCCCCCAUCGGAAAGGGAAUUUGUAUAAGAUACAAUACUCUAUAAAUUGGGAUGAUCCUAGUAUUGAAGCUGAUAUUAAGUACACGACUCAAGCUAAAGCGGUUCACGAGUUUAUGACUCAGUUCGUGUCCAAGAAUCCAAGGAGGGCUUAUUUGAAUUACAGGGACAUUGAUAUUGGUUCAGCUAAGACUUGGAGCUAUGAAGAAGGUAAAGUGUAUGGUGAGAGUUAUUUUGCCGAAAAUUUUGAUAGGCUGGUCGACGUGAAGACCGCUGUUGAUCCGAACAACUUCUUUAGGAACGAGCAAAGCAUCCCUCCUCGCUCCACUAAAACGGCUUAGGAUUGGUUUAGCGUUGUCUUUUCAUCAUCUCAAAGCACUUUCUAGAAAUAAAAGUAAUAUUGUGAUUUUGAGGUU